GGAGGAGGGGGAGGGGGAUCCCCCUCGCGCCCACGUGGUCCGGACGCCUGUGAAUCGCGCCCGCCGGAGGGUCUCACAGCGAAAUACAAAAGCAGCUGGGAAGCGGCGGCGCAGCGAGUUCCCAGCGCCGGGGAGACUCCGCACCGCCUCGCGGCCGCGAUGGGGCCGAAGCGCCCGGAGCCCGGGAGCCGACCGGCAGCCGGGUCCGCCUCGCCGCCGGGACCCGGGCGCCCGGGCUCGUCUUGAAGCGGCGGGAGAAGCAUGGGCAGGAGGAUGCGGGGCGCCGCCGCCACCGCGGGGCUCUGGCUGCUGGCGCUGGGCUCGCUGCUGGCGCUGUGGGGCCGGCUCCUGCCGCCGCGGACGGCGCUGCCCGCCUCCCGGCCGCCCGAAGACCGAACCCCGCGCCGCCCGGCCGGGGGCGGCGGCCCGGAGUCGGCGCCCCGCUCCCCUCAGGCCCCGUUCCGGGCGCGGGACCCCCGCGGCGCCUCCCUGAAAACUUUCCGGACGCUGCUCACCUUGGCGGCCGGCGCCGACGGUCCUCCGCGGCGGCCCCCGGGUGAGCGCCGGCGGCGCGUGCCCGACGGGCGGCCCCGGCCGGAGGAGCCCGCCGUGGUGCACGGGGGCGUCUUCUGGAGCCGCGGCCUGGAAGAGCAGGUGCCCCGCGGCUUCUCCGAGGCCCAGGCGGCGGCGUGGCUGCAGGCGGCGCGCGGCGCCCGGGUGGUGGCCCUGGAGCGCGGGGGCUGCGGACGCAGCUCCAACCGGCUGGCGCGCUUCGCCGACGGCACCCGCGCCUGCGUGCGCUACGGCAUCAACCCCGAGCAGAUCCAGGGCGAGGCCCUGUCCUACUACCUGGCGUGUCUGCUGGGCCUCCAGCGCCACGUGCCGCCGCUGGCACUCUCCCGGGUGGAGGCUCGGGGCGCCCAGUGGGCGCAGGUGCAAGAGGAGCUGCGGGCGGCGCACUGGACGGAGGGCAGCGUGGUGAGCCUGACGAGCUGGCUGCCCAACCUCACGGACGUGGUGGUGCCCGCGCCCUGGCGCUCCGAGGACGGCCAGCUGCGGCCCCUGCGCGCCGCCGGGGGCGAGCUAGCCAACCGCAGCCGGGAGGAGCUGGUGGACCUGGUGCAAUGGACCGACCUGAUCCUCUUUGACUACCUGACGGCCAACUUCGACCGGCUCGUCAGCAACCUCUUCAGCCUGCAGUGGGAUCCGCGCGUCAUGCAGCGCGCCACCAGCAACCUGCACCGCGGCCCCGGCGGGGCGCUGGUCUUUCUGGACAACGAGGCGGGCUUGGUGCACGGCUACCGGGUGGCGGGCAUGUGGGACAAAUACAAUGAGCCGCUGCUGCAGUCGGUGUGUGUGUUCCGAGAGCGGACAGCGAGGCGCGUCCUGGAGCUGCACCGCGGCCAGGACGCGGCCGCCCGGCUGCUGCGCCUCUACCAGCACCACGAGCCUCGCUUCCCGGAGCUGGCUGAGCUCGCCCAUCCCCAUGCUCAGCUACUACAGCGCCGCCUCGACUUCCUUGCCAAGCACAUUUUGCACUGUAAGGCCAAGUACGGCCGCAGACCUGGGACUUAGUAUCACCAUGAGGAAGAGAGAGAGAGCGAGGGAAACCCCUGGCCGGGGAAAUGGAUGAUGGGGGAAGGGCUGUCGCCUCUGCCACCGCCUGGGACCAGCCAGCCAACGCCCUGCCAGUGGCUUGAGCCAGAAGGCUGCUGAAAACUUCAGUUUCACCUACCUGCCCCCUUUCUCUCUGUCUCAAAGCUGUUUCCUUUCAAAGUUCUGGGAGAACUCACCCAGGUGAGAAGUGUAACAUCCCCUCCACCCGGCUUAUAAAAGGAUUCUUCCCUGUGGCAGCAGGGAGUUUGAAUAGGAAGAAACUGGCUGCCUGAGUUUGCCCCCCCCACCCGCCGUGGCUGUCUCUGUGGGAGAUGCAUCCUUAUUCCUCGACCUCCUCCUCCUCCUCCUCCUCUUUCCCAAAAAGGGAAACUUCUAUUUGAGCCUUUGAGCUCAUUCUGCAGUUUUCUACCAAACGCAGCGCUGGCGGCCAGAGGCGGCUGUGACAUUGGCUGGUGGAGCCCCCUUCCUGUGUUCUCCCUUUGUUCCAGCUGGUGAUGGUGAGAUCACUGGUAAGAGCUGGGGAACGGAUCCGGAUAAGACAAAGAGAUCAGGACCUCCAGAACCUGGGGAGCCCUGCAGACUCUGUAUAUCUGACUUGUUCUUUACCGCUUGUCAUUUUGGCCUGAAGGCUGCAAAUGUGGGACUGGUUGGCUGUGUGCACUGAAUCACAUAAUGCAUUUCUCCCCCUUUCCCCCAAUCGACCAAAAUUUUGACAAUGAUGAUGUUCACCAGAAGAAAAAGAAAAUCAGUUUCAUGCACUUUACUUUGUUUUUAUUUUAAUUUUGUAUUGAGAAAAAAACUUUUUUAUUUGACAAAAUUUGCCUACUAUGUAUAUAUGUGAUAAAGUGUGGUGUAAAUAUACUAAACAAACUUAUAUUUCAAUAAAAGGGAGUUUAAAAUUUAGAA